AUGGGUAAACCAUGCGGUCUUCGUACGGCUCGUAAAUUGAAUAAUCAUCGUCGUAAACAACGUUGGCAUGAUAAAGACUACAAGAAAUCUCACUUGGGUUCAGACUGGAAGAGUGAUCCAUUGGGUGGUGCUUCGCAUGCCAAGGACAUUUUGAUUCAAAGCAUGUAUGAAAAUGAUGAAGUUCUGGUUGCCGGUUUGGGUCGUAAAGGUCGUGCCGUCGGUGAUAUUCCUGGUGUGCACUUCAAAAUUGUCAAAGUAGCUGAUGUCUCAUUAUGGGCAUUAUAUAAAGGAAAAAAGGAACGAUCAUAUUCAUAA